GAUGGCACCCUGCAGUUAAUUCAUUUUCAAGGAUAACCUGGUAGAACUCUGCAGUGCUCCCAGAAAAUAACUUGGACAUUAAUUCCACCCUUAGAACAGAAAGGCCACUGCAUUUUGAAAAAUGCCACCCCUUUGGCGGAGAUUGAUCAGCUAUUCUUCGAGCCUGAAAGGGCACCUAAGUGGCCCCCCGGGUUUAAUGAAGGGGAGACUGGGCCCGGGAUAUAUCAGACAGAUUUUUAGUGCCACUGGAAAAUGGACCAGAGACUAUACGCUGCAGACGAGGAAGGAAGUUGAAAAAUGGUGGCAACAAAGGGUAAAGGAACAAUUCUACAGAAUUUCAGAUACCGAUAAAUCCAAACCCAAGUUUUAUGUACUCUCCAUGUUCCCCUACCCUUCGGGAAAGCUCCACAUGGGCCAUGUUCGGGUCUACACCAUCAGUGACGCCAUAGCCCGGUUUCAGAAAAUGAGAGGAAUGCAGGUCAUCAACCCAAUGGGAUGGGACGCAUUUGGAUUGCCGGCUGAAAAUGCAGCUAUUGAGCGUGGCCUGCAUCCAGAGAAUUGGACUCAGAGUAAUAUUAAACACAUGAGGGAACAGCUUAAUAGAAUAGGCCUAUGCUUCAACUGGGAUCGGGAAAUAACCACUUGUCUGCCAGAUUACUAUAAGUGGACACAGUACCUCUUUAUUAAACUAUAUGAAGCUGGGUUAGCCUAUCAAAAGGAGGCCCUGGUUAAUUGGGACCCAGUGGAUCAGACCGUCCUAGCUAAUGAGCAGGUGGAUGAAAACGGCCGUUCGUGGCGUUCAGGAGCGAAAGUGGAGCAGAAGUAUCUUAGACAAUGGUUUAUUAAAACAACCACUUUCGCAAAGGCCAUGGUGGAGGCUUUGGCUGAGCUCCCAGAGUGGUAUGGAAUAAAAGGAAUGCAGGCACACUGGAUAGGAAACUGUGUCGGUUGCCAUCUUGACUUCACAUUAAAGGUGAACGGCAAAACAACAGGAGAGAAGCUGACUGCGUAUGCUUUUACCCCUGAAGCCAUUUAUGGAGCUUCGCACAUAGCCAUCUUACCCAGUCAUAGGCUCCUUCACGGAAAUAGCGUCCUAAAAGAAAUCUUUCAGGAGGCGUUUGUCCCAGGCAAAGAUUGUCUUACACCUGUGACUGCUGUGAACAUGCUAACGGGUCAAGAGAUCCCGGUUGUCAUUGUGGCAAAAUCCAACUUUGGAGGCUCUCUGGAUACCAAAAUAGGAAUUCCUAGCACAAGCCCAGAGGAUACUGCAGUAGCCCUGGACCUGGGCCUGUCCUUCUCAGAAGUUAUUGAAACUUUACCGGAUGGCAUGGAGAAGCUAAUCAACUCUGGAGAGUUUACAGGAAUGACAAGACAAGUAGCUUUUGACGCCUUGACCCAAAAAGCCAGAAGUAAUGGAGUAGGUGGAGACAUAACCAGUGAAAAACUGAAAGACUGGUUGAUAUCUCGGCAGCGCUACUGGGGCACCCCUAUCCCCGUGAUCCACUGCCAGAGCUGUGGCACCGUUCCCGUGCCUUACGAGGACUUACCGGUGGUGUUACCCAAGAUAACCUCCUUCACGGGCAAGGGAGCCUCGCCUUUAGCGACAGCCUCUGAGUGGGUGAACUGUUCCUGUCCCAGAUGUAAGGGAGCUGCCAAGAGAGAGACCGACACUAUGGAUACGUUUGUUGAUUCAGCAUGGUACUAUUUCAGAUAUACUGACCCACAUAACACUCACAGCCCAUUUGACAAAGCCUUAGCGGACUACUGGAUGCCUGUGGAUUUGUACAUUGGAGGAAAGGAGCAUGCGGUUAUGCAUCUGUUUUAUGCUAGAUUCUUCAGCCAUUUUUGCAAUAAUCAAAACAUGGUGAGACUCAGGGAGCCUUUUCAUAAACUCCUAGUUCAAGGCCUUAUCAAGGGGCAAACAUUCAAACUCCCUUCGGGACAGUAUCUGAAGAGAGAGGAAAUUGAUCUCAGUGGCUCUGAUCCUGUCCAUGCUAAAACUAAGGAGAAAUUAGAAGUGACAUGGGAGAAAAUGAGCAAAUCCAAGCACAACGGGAUAGAUCCUGAGGAGGUCGUCGAGCAGUAUGGGAUUGACACUAUCCGGCUGUAUAUUCUCUUUGCUGCUGCUCCAGAAAAGGACAUUUUAUGGGAGGUGAAGUCCGAUGCUCUCCCUGGGGUGCUGAGGUGGCAACAGCGGUUAUGGUCCUUGACAACAAAGUUUAUUGAAUCUAGAGCUUCUGGGGAGGUGCCCAGACCCCAUCUGCUGAGCAACAAGGAGAAGGCCGAAGUCAAAAAGCUUCUGAAGUACAAGAAUUCUGUGAUCUCACAGGUAACUGCUCAUUUCACAGAAGACUUCUCAUUGAAUUCUGUGAUUUCUCACCUGAUGGGGCUCAGUAAUGCGCUCUGGCAAGCAUCUCAACGCAUCGUCCUCCACAGCACCGAGUUUGAAGAUGCUUUGGCCUCUCUCUGUAUCAUGACCGCUCCAAUGGCCCCUCACGUCGCCUCAGAGCUCUGGGCAGGAUUGGCGCAUGCGCAGAAUAAGCUCUGUACCCAUUAUAACUGGGAGGCAGAUGUGCUGCUUCAGUCCUGGCCCGCUGCGGAUCUACAGGAACUUCAGCAGCCCGACACGGUGGAGAUGUCCAUUCUGAUCAAUAACAAAGCCUGUGGCAAGAUUCCUGUGCCUCAGCAGUUCACCCAGGACCCAGAGAAAAUCCACGAUUUGGUUCUCCAGACUGAGCUGGGAAGAAAUCUCCUCCAGGGCCGCACCAUCCAAAAGGCCUUCCUCUCCCCCAGAACAGCUCUCAUCAACUUCCUUGUGCAGGAAUAACAGCGACUUCUUCGUCCCGGAGGCCCCGACCUGUUGGUGACCGGGCUUCCUGGGGAAACCCAUGGCAUCCUGGAGGGUGGAAGGAAACCCUGUGGAGAGCAUCGCAUCCAUCGGGAACCAAAGUCAGGAAAGUCCCUGUUAG